CCGGCCCCAUUCCCACUCCCUCACUCACUCACUCACUCACUCUCUGCUCUGCAGCCACCGCACGCACCAUUCAUUCAUUCAUUCACUCGCUCCAUUUCUUCUCCCCUCGCUCUGCUCAUUCCACGCGCACUGUCCACUCCAUCCAUCUCCAUCCGCCUCCACCGACCGGCCUGCAUUUCCUUGCGUCUCCGGCGGCGGCGGCGGCAGAGGAGAGCUGGUCUGGUCGAGCGCGCAUGGAGGGGGACGACAAGUGGAAGCUGUCCAAGAAGGGGCGGAGCAGAUCGGGCAGGAACUACUACUACGGCGACGCGUCCGGCGCCAGCACAAGCGCCGGCACCGGCGGGGGCCUGAGCCGGAGCUACUCGGCCAGCGUGACCGCCACCCGGGACGGCGGCGGCGCUAGCGGGAGCGGGAGCGGGAGCGGGAGCGGGAGCUCGUCGUCGGAGCAGCAGCAGAAGAAGGAGGAGGCCGAGUCCCGGCGGCGGCUGUCCAAGAAGUGCGUGGAGGCGGUCAAGGAGCACCGCGCCCGCUUCUACAUCGUCCGCCGCUGCGUCUCCAUGCUCGUCUGCUGGCGCGACUACUAGCUCCGGCGCCGGCGCCGCCGCCACAUUCCUUUCCGUCGUUUGCUUCUUUCCGCUGCUGCUGCUCUAGUAGCUACGUACAUUUCUUUUCUUGAUCCAUCCCAUUCUCAGCCUACAUAAUCUUGUUAGCUUCUUCUUGCUUGAUUAGUAGAGUAAUUCUUUUCUUGAUGUUUUCCCUUCCCCACUGCGAUUUGGGUAUGUACAGUACAUCCGCCAUUAGCGCCACCGCAAGACAAGACAAGCUAGCCGCCCCGUCUCCAUCACCAUGACUAGCUCUAGCUAGCUAGUCAGCUCCGGAGCUUCAUCUUGCUCUGGUUUUUCUUCAUUAAUUUCCUCCUCUCUUUCCCAGUCCCAAGACGUAUUUGAAUUUGUGCAGCUAGCUUCGUUUUAAUUAGUAUUUUAAAUCCGUCCCAGUACGUGGUGCUUUGGUUUUGAGUGAAGAAGAAACAUGCAAGAUCAAUCCAUGUCA